UCAAAUUCUGCGACUCAUCAAGUGGUGAAAAUGGCUGCACUCACUGAGUAUGGUCGACACUGUGGUCAAUGGAUAGGCAUUAUAUUCAUCGUGGUGGUGGUUUUCGUACCGUCUGCCACGGCGCUUAUCGAGGGACUGUAUUGUGGCACCCAGAUUUGUUACGAUGUUCUCGGAGUAUCGAGGGACGCGGUUAAAGCGGACAUCGCCCGGGCUUACAGACAGAUCGCCAGAAAGUAUCACCCGGACAGAUUCUCAAGUCUUGCAGGCGAGACAAGAGAAAGUGCUCAUCAAAAAUUUCUGCUCAUUGCGACUGCAUAUGAAACGUUGAAGGAUGAGGACUCCCGUAGAGACUACGACUACAUGCUGGACCACCCUGAAGAGUACUACAGCCACUACUACACCUACUACAGGAGACGACUGGCGCCCAAAGUGGACGUACGGAUUGUCAUUCUGGUCACCGUGGUUGCUAUAUCCAUCUUCCAGUACUACAGUUGGUGGGCCAGCUACACUGAAGCCAUCAACUACCUAUCAACGGUCCCCAAGUACCGUAUCCAGGCGACAGAGAUAGCCAAGCAGCUGGGUCUCCUGAACAAGACAAAAGAGAAGGGCAAGAACCGUCGGUCCAAAGAGGAGAUCCGGGAACAGGAAGAAGAGGUCAUCCGUGACAUCAUCAAGAACAAGAUCGACAUCAAGGGAGGCUACCAGAAGCCUAAAAUCUUGGACAUCCUGCUCUGUCAGAUUGUCCUGUUCCCUUACUGCCUGUGUGCCUAUGUGGUCUGGUACUGUAAGUGGAUCUACAGGUUCACCAUCUGCAGAGAGGAGUACGGAGACGAGGAGAAGCUCUACAUCAUCAGGAGGAACAUGAAGAUGUCUCAGUCUCAGUUCGACAGUCUGGAGGCGGAGCAGAGAGACACCUUACUGGAGAGGCAGCUCUGGAUCAAAGACAACUAUGAGGUAUACAAGGAAGAACAGGAGGAAGAGAUGAAGACGAAGAUGGCUCUGGAUCCCAGGUGGAAGAGGUACCGACGGUGGAUGAAGAAUGAAGGCCCUGGACGGCUCACUUUUAUUGACGAUUGACAACAAAUGCCGAUCGACAAUCACACCUGACUUGUGGCAAUACUUACAGAUACACGCUGUGUUAUACCGAUACAGGGCAUUCGGAAAGUAUUCAGACCCCUUGACUUUUUCCACAUUUUGUUAUGUUACAGCCUUAUUCUAAAAUGGAUGGAAUAAAUGAUUUAUUACAUCUACACACAAUACCCCAUAUUGACAAAGCAAAAACAGAUUAUUUUUUUUAUUUUUUGUGUGCCUGGCCAAGCGAUUGCUUAGUUUGUCCGGGCAGCCAGCUCUAGGAAGUGUCUUCUUCUAUUUAAGAAUGAUGGAGGCCACUGUGUUCUUGGGGACCUUCAAUGCUGCAGAAAUGUGUUGCUACCCUUCCCCAGAUCUGUGCCUCGAUACAA